CACCGUCAUACACACACUCUUUCUAAACGGCGCAACCCCAGAUCUUCUCCCACCACCACCACCGCCAUGGAUUUUCCACCUCCGCCACCGCCUUCCAUCAUCACCGACGCCCAUUCUGACACGUUUCCAGCUGUCCCAAAUGAUAAGCUGCGCCUGAUGUGCAGCUACGGCGGACACAUAGUCACCCGUCCACACAACAAAUCCCUCUGUUACGCCGGCGGCGACACCCGCAUCGUGGCGGUGGAUCGCAGCACCACCGCCGCGACACUAUCUUCCCUUACCGCUCACCUUUCCCGCGCACUCUACAACAACCGCCCUUUUACCCUCAAGUACCAGCUCCCAAACGAAGACCUCGAUUCCCUCAUCUCCGUCACCACUGAUGAAGACCUCCAUAACAUGCUCGAAGAGAACGACCGCAUCGUAAGCUCCCCUAAUCCCUCCCGCAUCAGAUUGUUCCUCUUCCCCUUGAAGCCCGAAUCGAUCGGGUCUGUGCUUUUGGAUCCUAAAGCCGAGUCCUGGUUCUGCGACGCGUUGAAAGGAACCAAGAUUAUGCAGAGGGGACAAUCUGCUGAGUCGGGUUUGGUUAACGGGUUGAUGGGUCUCGAUUUUCUGGGUCCUUCGGAUUCAUCUGUUGAGAGCUUGAGUGAGGCUAAGAAUGGUUUGGAUCAGAGUAAUGUGCCUGAAUCGAUGGCGUUGGAGACGAGUUCGUCAUUUGGGUCCACGAGUUCGUCCAUUUCAAUGUCCAAUUUGCCUCCGAUUGGGGUUCAUUGUGAGGAUGGUGGUGUUAAUUUGCAGAAUAACAAGGUUAAAAUGCCUUUGUCAGGUUCAAUGGAAAGUGAUAAUAGUGUUGCAAGUGCUGUUUCUCACCCACGAACUUACCAAGACCCGCUCAUUCAUGUUACUUCGAUGGACACAAGGGUUUCUUCCAAUACUUUUGAAUCAGAGAGUGGUUUGACUGAAUCUUCAUCUGGGAUUCAUUUGCUGAAAACAGUUCCGAUUUCUGGGUAUCAAUUAUCUUCGCAAUCAGAUCAGAAACAGCAGCAACAAGAAGUGCAAUACGUUCCAGCAGUUGCCCACUACAUACCCCAAUACCCUACAGGCCCGUUGCCGAUGUCAUCUUAUUAUCCAGUGUAUCAUCCCCCGUUCCAUCAGCAGCAUUACAGCCAUUAUCAGCCAAGUCAACCAUACCCAAUUUAUUUAUUGCCUGUUAGGGAGACACAGCCUCACAAUAUGUCUGUGCAAUGUAAUUUAAUUGAAACUGCAACUGCUGCUUCAAGUCGGCCUCCUUUGCAUCCACAUACUGCCUUGAUCACUCCCACUGUAACUUAUAAAGAGGUUGAGGGAACUCCACCGACUCCGGAACUAGCUACGAAAGUUUAUAGAACAGUCCAAGGAGCAACCACACUUGUUAGUGUGCCUUCUAAUCAGAAGCAACAACAAUUUGUGGGUCCUCCUGAGCCGGUCCAUCCAUCCCAGUCUGUUGCCACUACUACGAUGGCUACAUCUAAUUUUGAUAACGAAUUUGAUGAUAAUCUUGCGUACAAUCAGAUAUACAAAACCCAGCCUUCAGCACCUGGACUGUCUCUUCAAUAUCAAAGCAUGAUGAAGGCCACGCCAGUAUUGUUAUCAGAGGCUCCCUCACAGCUGCAUACUGACAACAAUAAGCAGGUUGGAACCUCACAACCUCAAUGAGGCAGUUGUCCUGGAAGAAACAAUUUUGGUAUGAGUGUUUCUUUUGUUUAAUUGUCUUCUUUCAUGGUUUCAGUUUUGGUUUGGUUUUGGUAUGUGUUGUCUGUGAUAGAAAUAAGCAAGUGUGUCUUAUUUUUCUUUCGUUUUCAAUGAUAUGUUGUUAGUUUACCCAAGGGAUAUGAGGUGCAUAAAAUUAUACACUGAAUAUUGUAACUUUUAUACAAAUAUUGGUUGUUGUUUGUUCAAUCCAUGUAUCAUUUAUUUAUUUAAUAUGAGAGCUAUUUUUGCCCA